GUUUGCGAUUUCAAGAUCUCGGACUCUCCGCCAAUGAAGCCUGUGUCAACGAAUGCGGAUGAGAAACUUUUAACGGAUCUCUUACAGGAAGUCGGUCCCGCAUGAAGCGCUAGAGCGGAGUCAUUGUGCAUCGUCAGAGCAAUCGCGCCUUACACCUCUCCACCUGCCGCCUCGGCUGGCAUUGAGAAUACACCCGAAAGAAACAAUCUCGACGGAAACCAGCGAACGCCUUCAAGAUGAAGCUCGACGUGAAGAGACAAUUGUUCGCCAGGAGCGAAAGAGUCAAAGGCAUUGACUUUCAUCCUACAGAGCCAUGGAUCCUCACCACACUAUACAGCGGGCAUGUUUACAUUUGGUCAUAUGAAACGCAAUCCAUCAUCAAAACGUUCGAGCUUACUGAUGUCCCUGUACGCGCUGGUCGCUUCAUCGCUCGCAAGAACUGGAUCGUUUGUGGCAGCGAUGACUACCAGCUACGAGUUUACAACUACAACACUUCAGAGAAGAUCACAUCCUUCGAAGCACAUCCCGAUUACAUCCGCGCCAUCGUCGUACAUCCCACCCAGCCUUUCGUUCUGACCGCGAGUGAUGACAUGACCAUCAAGCUCUGGGAUUGGGAUAAGAGCUGGAAGAACGUUCAGACGUUCGAAGGGCACAGUCAUUAUGUGAUGGGUCUUGCAAUAAACCCGAAGGAUACCAAUACUUUUGCGUCGGCAUGUUUGGACCGGACAGUCAAAAUCUGGAGCCUAGGAUCGUCUUCGCCAAACUUCACCCUGGAAGCGCACGAGACCAAAGGUGUCAAUCAUGUCGAUUACUACCCUCAGUCGGACAAGCCGUACCUGUUGACGACUUCGGAUGACCGGACCGUCAAAAUCUGGGACUACACCACGAAGGCGCUGAUUGCGACAUUGGAAGGCCACACGUCGAACGUUUCCUUUGCGUGCUACCACCCCGAACUGCCCGUGAUCAUCUCGGGUUCUGAGGAUGGCACGGUCAAGAUAUGGCACGCCAACACGUACAGGCUAGAGCAGUCCCUGUCGUACGGGCUGGAGCGAGCGUGGUGUGUCUCAUACCAGCGCGGCAAGCAGGGGAUUGCCAUGGGAUUCGACGACGGUGCGGUCGUGGUAAAGAUGGGUCGUGAAGAGCCAGCGGUAUCGAUGGACGGUUCAGGGAAGAUUAUUUGGGCGCGCCACGCCGAGAUUCUCACGUCGGUCUUGAAGGGCGGAGACAAGAACCUGAAAGACGGCGAGGUCAUCACACUGCCUUCAAAGGAUCUCGGGAGCACCGAAAUCUACCCCCAGACACUUAUCCAUUCGCCAAACGGCCGUUUCGUCGCAGUUUGCGGCGACGGCGAAUACAUCAUCUACACCGCGCUCGCUCUACGAAAUCAAGCAUUCGGAUCGGCACUGGAUUUCGCUUGGGCAUCAAAAGAGAACGACAAAGACUACGCCAUCCGAGAGUCGCAGUAUUCUGUCAAGAUCUACCGCAAUUUCAAGCCCAAGGCUGGCGACGGCACCGUCAACGUCGGUUACACCGCCGAUGGACUCAGCGGUGGCGUCCUCCUUGGUGUGAAAGGUGCGGGAGGCAUUGGCUUCUUCGAUUGGGAGAGCGGCAAGCUCGUCCGGAGGAUUGAGGUCGAGCCGAAGAACGUGUACUGGUCGGAAUCUGGAGAACUUGUCUGCCUGGCCUGCGAGGAUACCUAUUACGUGCUUCGAUAUUCAAGAGAACAAUAUGUCGCCGCGCUGCAAUCAGGUGCAGCCGACGAGGACGGCGUCGAGGAAGCCUUCGAGGUGGUCUGCGACAUCAAUGAAAGUGUCCGCACUGGUCAAUGGGUCGGCGAUUGCUUCGUCUACACCAACAGCACCAACCGACUAAAUUACUUGGUUGGCGAUCAGACGUACACGGUCUCGCACUUCGACCAACCAUACUACGUCCUGGGCUAUCUCCCGCGAGAUGGUCGGGUCUACGUCUGCGACAAGGAUGUCAGUGUCACGUCAUUUGCGCUGUCGGUCAGCGUCAUCGAAUAUCAGACGCUCGUCCUCCGCGGAGACCUCGAAUCAGCGACCGAGAUGCUCAACCAGGGCGACAUCCCCGAGGAGCAGAAGAACAAGAUCGCGCGGUUCCUCGAAGGCCAAGGCUACAAGGAGCAGGCCCUGGAGGUCGCGACGGACAGCGAGCAUCGUUUCGAACUCGCGCUCGGCCUGAACCAGCUCAGCAUCGCGCUCGAGCUCGCCCGCGAAGCAGACGUGGAGCAUAAAUGGAAGACCGUGGGCGACGCCGCUCUGUCUGCCUGGGACAUCGCGCUCGCCGAGGAGUGCUUCCGUCACGCCAAGGACCUCGGAAGCCUGCUGCUCCUGUACACCUCUUCCGCCGACGAAGAAGGCCUCCGCUCCCUGGCCGCCAAGGCGCAGGACGCCGGCCAGCACAACGUCGCGUUCACGAGUUUGUGGCAGGUCGGGGAUGUGGACGCGUGUCUCGAUGUCCUGCUCAAGACCAACCGCACCGCCGAGGCCGUCCUGUUCGCGCAGACGUACAAGCCCUCGCGUUGCAAGGAGAUCGUCGGCGAAUGGAAGACGGGCCUGGAGAAGGGCGGCAAGGCCAAAGUAGCUCGCCUCAUCGGCGUGCCCGGCGAUGACGAGGAGAUGUUCCCCGAGUGGGAGGAGUAUCUCCGGCUCGAGAGUGAGGGCGGAUCACACGCGGACCUGAUCGACGUCCACACUGCGACCGAGGGGGACGAGGCGGCCGAGGCGGCGGAUGAAGACGCCCAGGCCGACUCGGCGGACGCCGAAGAAGCCGGUGAGGAGGACGAUGACGACGAGGCGACGGCAUGAACGUUUCGAUCGGACGCCAAGGUGGAAAAUGGUUUAGAUUUGGGGGAGAAAAAGGGACCUCUGAUGCACGACCUGCAUGCCAGCCUUGAUGUAGCCACGAUUUUAGAAGACAAUAUGACCCGUUGUGUGCACACGAACACAAAGCAUGAGAGAUGUAUGCGGCGCGGCCGAUGGUAUUGAUUUUGCUCGAGGGGCCUUCGCUUGCAUGCCUGUUUGCUCCAGGGCGCUCCCUGCUGGACGCCACACCAUUCG